AUGGCGCUUCCCAGGACGCCUCCGCCAAAGGGUGAUCCCCCGGAAAAGAGCAAAGACGAAGAGGGACGAGCAGAAGCAGGCACGUCCGGCACUGAUACUGCAGAGGCAGACACCGAUGCGAUGGAGACGGCAGAUGAAAUGGAGACUGAGUUUCAGAGGCCCGUGGCACCCCCACCGGCGGUCCUAAGACAGUCGAAACUCACGGCCGUUGUCGGUAAGAAUCUGGCUAGGCUCCUAGUGGCGGGAGAGCUUAGAACUCAAGGUGAGGGCGCGGGCAUUGAGAGGACUCCACAGCGCAGUCAACCCCUGCCUACACCGGCCACAGAAAACAUCGCAGCCACUCCGAAAAUGCCGACAGUAGGCAAACGAAAGCAGUGCUCUCCGAAUACCACGGAAGAAGAAGAUCCUGAGAAGAGGAAAAGAACUGACACGUUGGAUGAGCAUAAGGAGGCUCUAGUCCUAGAGGUCACCGAACUCAUUCGAGAUAUCAUUGGAGAGAAGUCGUCCACGCUUAUCGAACUGGCCAAGGUCCAGAACACGGCCAGAGCGAUAAAAGAGCUGGCCCCGGACUUAAAGCGAGCACAGCAGAGGCUCGAGCUGCAAGUAAGGGUACUAAUCGGCAAGAAGCUCAAGGAGAUCGAAGGUGAGCUGCUUGUCCCAGAGGCCGAGAAGGAGCACUCGUACGCUGCGACGAUAUGUUCGGUCUGCAAGGGCAGGGAACAGGCCAAAUUGGAUGCAGCAGCUGCUCGAAAGACCGCCGAAGAAGAGAAAGCUGCAGAAAUCAGAAAGAAAAUCGAGGAGCUUUCGAGCCUGCAAGACCUGGUCACGCUCGCAGAGGGAGAGUGGCCAAAGCAAGCUUUUGAGAGAACUUCAACCAGCCGUGCAGGCAUCGCCGGCAGCCGUGCGUGCAAGGUACUGGUUGCUGAGGCCACAGGAAGAGACGCCAAGACCGGGCACACCAUCGAACAGCUGGCCAAACUCUUCCCGGCAGUGAAGAAUAUCGAUACUCUCAAAGAAGGCGACGUGGCAACUGCUCGAGCGUACAUUGCGGCCUCGCUCAUUAGUGGAGAUGAGGUCGCCUCGGAGACUGAGCAACGCACGCUAAUUGUUGGAAGAAUCAAGGCCAAUCCCAGCCCGAUCGACGUGGCUGAGAUGAUGCAGAAGGUCGCCGAGGAAGUCAAAAAGAUUACAGCGAGGGGUGAUAAGACUUUAAUCCGACUCCCGGAUGGAGUCAGCAUCGAACUCGCGAAGAAAAUCACAGAGGCAUGCUGGACCACUUCGAAAGUCGAAACUGAAGCUGAGAUCUCCAAAAAGCCGUCGGCCACUCCAGGACGGAAGUCAACAGAAACGAAAAAGACUCCAAAAAGACAUGCUCAUGGAACGCUCGUUGUGGAGACUCCGGGCACUAGCUUCGCAGAUGUCCUCAAGAACCUCAGAACCAACGUAGGCACACGCGCUCUCGGAGUGGACAUCAGAGGAGUCAGAAGAACCGAAGAAGGACUGCAGCUCCAAUUCCGAGAGAAGAAGAACGGAGGACAGCAGAGAUUGACCCAGUUUAUAACUGAGGAGCUCAAGCUCACCGCAGAGGCUAGAAGGGCUCCCCUUUCCUCAGCAGUUCUCAUUACUAACCUCGAUCUAGUCACAAAUGCUGACGAAAUCGAGGACGAGAUUCGGAAGGCGAUGGGAGGUGCAGAACCGGGAACGAUUCGAGUCGAAAGAGUUCGAGACAGCGAGAGAGGGUCCAGGUCGGCAGUGAUAAGAGCGUCAAGAGUCGACGCGGACCGAAUACUCCGUAUUGGGCGUAUCAAAAUCGGGUGGCAGAUCUGCAUGCUCCGACCCUGGCACGAGCUCCCAGUCUGUUUUAGAUGUCAACAAAUCGGCCAUCGUGCGCAUCAGUGCAGCUCUACGACGGUCGCUGCAAGGAAAUGCUACCGGUGUGGAGAAGAGGGACACCAGAGCAGCACUUGCAAGGCGUAG